UUCUUCACAAAAAUCGGGAAGAGGAGGAAAAAUGGAGAACUGUGCAAUGGCUCUAUCUCCUUUCAAAUCAUUCAACAAGUCUACAAAAAUUCCAUUUAGGAAAAUCAGCUACAGAUUCAGCGACAAAUAUAGAGCAGUUUUGUGUGGGAACUCUACAAAAUCAUUCAUCAAAUCGUCCCAUAAUGUUCUCUCUCUAUAUUCUACUUCGAAUUUUAAUAAAAAAUACUCGACAUUGUUGUCUGAGACUCAAACAUCAUUCGAGUUCAAGGUUAAGUCAUCGGCCGCAGUUCCUGAAAGUGUAAGUGAUGCUGGAAAUAGCAAUGGCGUGUUCAAGACUUUGCAGCUUGGAUCAAUGUUUGCAGUUCUGAAGGUUUAUCCAUUUGCAUUAACAGUAACGGCCUUCCAGUUUGGGUGUGGGACAGUGCUUGUUUUGUUAAUGUGGACGUUGAAUUUCCACCCUAAACCCAAGAUUAAUAGAUCUCAGUUUGCAGCGAUAUUUAUGCUGGCUCUGGGGCACACAAUAGGUAAUCUUUUAACAAAUAUCAGUAUUGGAAAAGUGGCUGUUUCAUUCACACAUACAAUCAAAGCAAUGGAGCCAUUUUUCACAGUGCUCCUUUCUGCUCUGUUACUUGGAGAGAGGCCCUCUUUAUGGGUAGUUUCCUCCCUUCUGCCUAUUGUUGGUGGAGUGGCAUUGGCAUCAUUCACUGAGGCCUCUUUCAAUUGGAUAGGAUUUGGCUGUGCAAUGGCUUCUAAUCUAACGAAUCAAUCUCGAAAUGUGUUCAGCAAAAAAUUCAUGGUUAAGGAGGAAACACUGGACAAUAUAAAUCUCUUCUCCAUUAUUACAAUCAUUUCAUUUCUUCUUCUGGUGCCGGUUGCCAUUUUGAUGGAUGGUGUCAAGUUUAGUCCAGCAUACCUGCAAUAUGCUGCAAGUCAAGGAUUGAAUGUCAAAGAGUUUUGUGUGAGAGCUCUUUCAGCUGGUUUCUGCUUCCAUACUUAUCAGCAGGUUUCUUAUAUGAUACUACAAAUGGUAACACCAGUGACACAUGCAGUGGGAAAUUGUGUUAAGAGAGUGGUUGUAAUUGUAUCCUCAAUUAUCUUCUUCCAAACUCCAGUUUCACCGACGAAUUCCCUUGGAACUGCUAUUGCACUUGCCGGAGUUUUUCUGUAUUCCAGAGCCAAGAGAAUCAAACCAAAUAAAGAACUUUCAUAGUGAUACAAUCGAGAUGCCUGGACGAGGACCUAGUUCGAUCUCAAGUGCUUGAAUCCAAUCGAGUGUAAUGAUUGGAUCUUUUCGAGAAUAUACUGAAAUUCUGGUACAAAAUGGUCAAUUGUAUGAUAUUACGAGUUGAGCAAAAUGAAGACUAAAUACAUUAUAUAUAAAUUUUUAAAUUUCAUACUUGGUGCAA